CGACGCCCCAUAAAGUUCAAACUCCCCUUAAUCUAAACAUUCCAUCAUCAACCUUUCUCCUCUCCUCAACAAAAUCCGGGGUAAAGCACAUUCACAAAACCUCUCCAACAAUGCCUCCGCCAAAUCCAGACUGGGUCAAGGCCCUCAAGCCCUCCGGCCCCCAGGGUUCAGAGCUUCUGGCCCAAGAGCGCGCCAACUCUGACAUCAACGUUGACCAGCUCUCUACUUUCCUCUUCACAAAAGAAGUCCUUGAGAGAAAUGAUAAGAUUCUCAAGAUUCUCCAGGCUGAUCCUGUUUUUGACAAGGAGCAGAACUACUUCAGGGGUCGAACAGAUAGACUUGAGGCUGCGCUUGCUAGAGCUAAGGCUUUGAGACGGUUAUCUGUCAAGCAUAACUGGAAUGAUGAGGAGCAUCAUGCUGCCAAUGACCUGAUCAGCGAGCCUACGCCUUAUGGUCUUCAUGCCACUAUGUUCUUGAAGACGCUUGAGGAGCAGGGUACACCGGCGCAGCACAAGCUUUUCCUUGAGAGGGCGAGAAACUAUGAGAUCAUUGGAUGCUAUGCUCAGACUGAAUUGGGCCAUGGUUCCAACGUUCGCGGUCUGGAGACUACUGCUACCUGGAACCCUGAGGACAAGACCUUUACUAUUCACUCGCCUCAUCUCACAGCUUCAAAGUGGUGGAUCGGUUCCCUGGGCAAGGCUGCCAACCACGCUGUCGUCGUUGCACAGCUUAUCCUCAACGGCAAGCCCUACGGUCCUCAUCCUUUCGUCGUUCCUAUUCGCGACAUGAAGACCCAUGAGCCUCUUCCUGAUAUCCACGUUGGAGAUAUCGGCCCCAAGUUCGGUUACAACACCAUGGAUAACGGCUUCCUGCUCUUCAACAACGUCAAGAUUCCUCACGUCAACAUGCUGAACCGCUUCUCUGGCGUUGAUCCCGAGACCGGAAAGUACAUCCGUCCUUCGAACCCAGCCCUUAUCUACGGAACCUUGACAUUCAUCCGAUCAUCCAUCGUCUUCCAGUCUGGAUCCGUUCUUGCUCGUGGUGUCACCAUCGCUACACGAUACUGCGCCGUUCGCCGACAGUUCCAGGACCGUGAUGCUGAUGCUAGCGAGACUGGUGAGAACCAGGUCCUCAACUACACAAUGGUUCAGCACCGUCUUCUCCCUCUUCUCGCUUCUUCAUACGCGCUUUUCUUCACUGGUCGCGCUAUGAUCAACCUCUACAACGCCAACCAGAAGCGCAUGGCUCAACGUCGCGAUGCUGGCGACGCCAAGCGCAAGCCUGGUCCUGAGGAGCUCAGCCCCGGCAGUGAUCACCUUGCCGAUCUGCACGCUAUCUCCUGCUCCCUCAAGGCCUUUGCCUCCACCACCGCUGCUGAAGGCCUGGAAGUCUGCCGUCGCGCUUGCGGUGGUCAUGGCUACUCCGCUUUCUCUGGCAUUGGCAGCUGGUACGCUGACUAUCUUCCUACCGUCACAUGGGAGGGUGACAACUAUAUGCUUACCCAGCAAGUCGCCCGAUAUCUCCUCAAGUCUGCCCGCGCUGUUCUCGCAGGCAAGGCUCCUGAUAACGGUAUCUCUCGUAUCUUCAAGGAGUUCAUUCGCCGACAGGACAUCGGUGCUGCUUUCGACGUUCUCGACAGCGAUCAAGACCUCGUUGAUGCUUUCGCAUGGCGUGUCUCUUUCCUGACCUUCGAGGCACUCAAGCACCGAGAUGAGGAGAAGCAAUCCUGGAACAGCCUCCUCAUUGACUUCUGGCGUCUCUCUACCGCGUACGCUCAGUACCAAGUCGUCAAGAACUUCCACGAAGCUCUGCAAGACGAAGCCACCAAGAAGUCCCUUGACCCCAAUACCCUCGCCAUCAUGCACAAGCUCUUUGAGCUCUUCGCUCUGCAUAACCUCCAGAGCUCCGCAUCCGAGUUCUUCACCAGUGCCGCUACAACUGUUCGCCAAAUCCAGCUCGCCCGCACAAAGCGAACUCUCUCACUGCUCGACGAGAUCCGACCUCACGCCGUCAGACUUGUUGAUGCUUGGUCAUUCCCUGAUUGGCAACUUGACAGCGCCCUUGGUCGCUCUGACGGCAAGGUUUACGAGGACUUGUUCCAUCGUGCUUCGGAGGUCAACCCUGUUAACGACAUUGUGUUCGAUCCUUAUCCUGAGUCAGAUGUGCUGUUCCGUAAGAACGGCAGUGGUCCUAAGGCGAAGUUGUAAGAGAGAGCGCUUGAUACCUGUACUCUAAAAUAGUGUCAUAUAGUCUUUUUUAUUGUUAUUUAUAGAUAGAGCAAUAUUAGCCUGCUUAUACUUA